UAACUAGAUCAGGUAAAAGUCUAUUCGUGGAGGUAUCGUGCAAUAUUCAAGUAUCAAAAAUAUGUCUCCUUCCUCCAAAAGUACAAUGAUUCCACCUCAAGUCAUCAUCUUUCUGUAUCUGAUCUGUACAACUUUUGCUACAAAACAAAGCAGCUUAUAUCCCUUUGAAUCCAUUUAUCAGUUCGGAGACUCAUUAUCAGAUACCGGCAACCGGAUUCGUCAGCCCGGUGCAACUUCAUUUUUCGACAUCUCCAAUUUACCCUAUGGUAUGACUUACUUCCAUAAGCCAACCGGCCGUUUCUCAAACGGCCUUCUUGUCAUUGAUUUCAUCGCGAAAGCGCUGAAUCUUCCGCUGCUCAGCCCUUACUUGGACAGAAACGCGUCAUUUAGUCAUGGCGUCAACUUUGCCGUGGCUGGAAGUACGGCUCUAGAUAAUGCAUUCUUUGCUGAAAAAAAUAUUAUUGUACCAUCAACAAAUAUUCCUCUUAACCAUCAGAUGACCUGGUUCAAGGAAUACUUGAAUUCUGUUUCUAAUGAUGCGCCUGAGCGCAAGAGAUUGCUGAAGAAGGCUCUUGUUAUAAUGGGAGGAUAUGGUGGAAAUGAUGUUAACAACGCCAUUUGGCAUGGAUGGUCUUUAGAGGAGAUAAGGAAGGAUUUUGUGCCAUUUAUUCUUGAAUCCAUAUCCAAUGCUGUUAGAGAAGCUAUUCAUCUUGGAGCUACUUAUAUUGUAGUACCAGGAAUUCUCCCUGAAGGAUGUUUGCCUAUAAUGUUGACUCUAUUUCCUAGUGCUGAUGUCAAAGAUUAUGAUGAUAAAAGGUGUUUGAGAAAAUACAAUGAAUUUGUGUUGUUCUUCAACAAUCAUCUUCAGAAAGCAGUUGAAUCCCUGAAACUUGAGUUUCCAGAUGCGAUUAUUCACUAUUUCGACUACUAUCAGGCAUUUCAAUCCAUUUUACAUUAUGGCAAUUUCUUUGGGUUCGACCAGAAUUCAAUGCUCAAAGCCUGUUGUGGUGUUGGUGGGAAAUAUAAUUAUAAUAAAAAGGAGGUUUGUGGAUCAAAGGGUGUUGAAGCUUGCCAAAAUCCAGCAGAGUUUAUACAUUGGGAUGGAAUACAUUUAACACAAGCAGCAUACCAUCACAUAUCUGAUCGUCUUAUCCAUGAUGUUCUGCCUAAAGCUACAUAUGCGAUUUAAUAUCUCGGAAGCAACUCUAUCUGAACUCUGAAGGUCCGAGUAGGAAGGUAUACGGACGCACGUACGUAUCGAAUUCCUAAAUAUAUUGCAAAAAAUGUUAGUACAUGAUAGUGUUACAGGAUCGAUUCUUUACGUAUAUAAUGAAAUCAAUAUUCUUUCAUUUUUCUUUGGUACAAUAGAAAGUACAAUUAAUUCUUGCUUCAUGUAUAGAUUAUUUUCCUUUGGUGUACAAUUCAAGCCUACGAUUUCUUUGGAUA